UCAGUACGUGAGAUGUCCAACCUUAUACAAGAAUGAACCUCUGAAAGACAUCGUUACAAAAGCUACAAAAAUCCCACAAUGACUAUCAAAUAAUCUUACUAAAACAUUGUUUACGUAUAAUCAACGAGACAAUCACGAUGAAUUUUAAAUUCAACUUUGGUUAUGAGCUGCCGUCUGUUCCGGUGCCUUCGUGUUGUUGUGGGUGGUUUGCGAGGGACGCAAGGGGAUGGAUGAUCUGCCUUGCUGUUCUUAUCAUCACCGUUAUUCGCAGUGGUAUCACCUACAGCUUUGGUAUCUUUGUUGUUAAACUCGAAGAUACCUACCACAAACCAUUAGCUGAACAAAAUUGGAUUGGGACAUUAUCGUUUGCCAUUUCUCUAUCGUUCUCACCUCUGUCUGUUAUGCUGAUCCGGUAUUUAGGGCCCAAUGGGUAUAGAAUAACUGGUAUCGCAGGAACGUUAUGCCUCAGCAUAAGUUGUCUUGGAUCAUCGUUCAUCCAUUCUCAAGAAUGGUUAUUUUUAACCCAUAGCUUACUCUAUGGAGUUGGCUCCAGCUUAAUUUACAUGUCGUCCAGUUUAAUAAUAGGGGACUAUUUUGAUAAAUCGCACAACCUCCACGUGCUGGCCACCAGUAUAUUAUUAUGCGGGUAUCCUGUGGGUAGUCUGUUGUUCAACCCACUAAACGCAUGGAUUUUGGAGUCGUAUGGUUGGCGAGUGGCUUUCAGGGCAUCGAGUGGUCUGAUCCUCGUCAUAGGCUUAGCCUGCUGUACCCUCUUUAAGCCAAAGUCCAAACCGGGAUACACUGAAGAGAAAUUAGACGACGAAAACCCUUCGAUUGAGGAGGAGAAAAUAGAAGAAAAGAAAAAUAGCUUUAGUUUAAAGCCAUGGUCCAGUCUGAAAGAAGUCCGUCGAAGACCAGAAAUCGUUUUAUGGCUGGUCGGCAAUUUCCUUAGCUAUUUAGGAUUCUAUAUGCCAUUUCUUAAUUUGGCAUUCUACAUGGACAAACGAGGUAUAGAUACAGUCCAGAGUGCCUGGGCCUUGACCCUUUUGAGCCUGGUAGAGUGUAUUACAUACGUCAUUUCUUCCAUUAUCGGCGACUUUUUCAAAGGACGGCUGGUGUUCGUUAAUCUGUUCGCCUCGGUAGCUCUUUGUAUCAUAUGCUUCAUGUGGCCCUUUGUAGACGUUGGUUACGAUGCAAUACUCGCUCUUUCCUCAGUAAUGGGCGCGUUUCUAGGCCUUACAAUAGUGUAUACUUACGCGGCAUCUGGUGAAGUGACGCAGCUACCAAUAGAUGUCGCUUGGUCGCAUACUAACAUGUGGUGUGGAUUUGGCAUACUUCUAGGACCACUGUUUUCUGGUACAAUCUACGAUAUACGUCAGUCGUAUGAUGACGUAUUCUAUGUCAUCGGAACUCUGUACCUCUUGGGAACAGUUAUAUUUGGGACGAUAAUACUAAUUGGGAGACUACGAGAUAAAAAUAAACUUGAAUACGAAGAGUUCAACGACGAACCUGUCACAAACUACAAAGACACUUUCAGAGUGACAAAGCGGUCUAUAUCCACGGGAAAUAUGGAUAGCGAUGACGACAGUAGCCGUUGUAGUAGCUCUGACAACAAACCAAUACGUUAUUCUGAGAAUACACCCAUCGGGCAACCUUAACUCACCAUACCAAACGUGACACACAGACACAUAGAAUUUGUCUGCCUGGAAUGCUGGCAUGCAUUGAAGAGAUACAUCUUGCUAUAAUCAUUCUGUGUCGCCAAGGUUCCACAAGCUUCGUACAAUUGGACCAAAUGAAGUUUUUGUUGUAACUAAUUAGUUCCGUCUAAUGCCUCAGUCAUUUGAUCUACGGCAAACGUACGUCGGUCGUAGCUUCCCAAAAUCGAGAGAAAUAUGCAGCAUGAAAUAAAGGCACGA